AUAAAUUUCAUCCAUUCAUUCUAACCGAGACGACAACAAGAAGAAGAAAAAAAAAUAUCCACAAAAAAGCGAAAAUUACGAGAGAAAAAAAAAUUGAAAUUAUAAUAAAAUAAACGGAAUUGAAUACAACCGUAUAAGAAAAUAGUAGCGCGCACUAGUGACACAAUACUCGCAAAGGGAAUAGGCAAAAAGAAGAAAAAGAAGAAGAAGAGAAAAAAAUCAGCGAAAUUUCUCAUUAAAACGGAUGCAGUAUUUUUUUUUAUUUUUGUCAGCAUUUGAGAUAUCUUCAUCAUCGUCAGCAUACCGCGAAUAUCAAACGUGAACGAUUCGAGCAACAACAAAAUAAUAAAAGAAAAUAGUGUGAUUUUUUUGCUCACCUUUUUCGUUGAUUAUCAUUUUAUAGUUGAAUUAACCUAGAGAAAGAGAAGUGACACACACAGAAAGAAAUAGAAAUACGCAACAGAGUUUCAAUAUUAUUCGCAUUGAUAGAACGGCCGAAGUAGUGUAAAGUGUGAAGCGAAUCACUGCAAAGCAACGUGUAAUGCAAAACGAAGGCAAAUCGUUCAAUUAUACGAUUUACAAUCAACAAUUGUAACUAAUCCUUGGUAAAUAAAAGAAGCUGCAAAAAUAAAACGAGAAAAAAACAUAGAGAGAAAUAUAUAGAAGUAUCAUCAUCUAUGCCUGAGUGUUAUUUACAAAACUAAAAAAAAGAUUCAAAUAAAAAUUUUGAAACAAAAAAAAAACAUUCAUAUAAAAGUGCACACACAUAGACCAAUUCCGAAUAUAGUGACACAAACAAAACCACAUAGAAUAGAAAAAAAGUGAAAAACAAAACACCGACAUCAACAGUGUGAAAAGUGUGAGACGAACGAUUUUUUCAAGACGAAAAAAGAGUUUUAAUUUUGGCAUCUAGUGGGUGUGAGUGCGCUUGUGUGUUCGUUUGCCGCGAAAAAAGAAGCACACGAGAGUGAGUGAGUGAGAGGCGAGGAAUAGAGAUAGAAAGUAAGCGCGCGGUAUAAAAUAAACGGGAAUAGAGAAUAGUUGAAAAUGUCUUCGAAUCAGCAACAUUCUAGUACAAGUGCAUCGGCAACCAAUACAACAGGUACCACCACAACGUCGUCGACAACAAAUCAACAACAGCCACAGCAAACACAAGAUCAACAAGCCACAGAGAAAAAGCACUCGACCACCGAUCGAGCUAUCGAUAGUGUACCUUUUCCACCAAGCCAUAAAUUAACCGUAGCAGAAGUGUUCGAUGCGCGUAGCGGCAAACCUCAAUCCGAUGUACUUAAGCAACAUUUUAUACUUGAAGGACGAAUUGAAGAAGCGGCCGCCUUACGUAUCAUACAAGAAGGUGCCGCUCUACUUAAAUCGGAAAAAACAAUGAUUGAUAUUGAAGCGCCCGUCACAGUAUGUGGUGAUAUUCAUGGACAAUUUUAUGAUCUCAUGAAACUAUUCGAAGUUGGUGGACCGCCUUCAUCAACAAAAUAUCUUUUUCUCGGCGAUUACGUUGAUCGAGGAUACUUUAGCAUAGAGUGUGUUCUGUAUUUAUGGGCAUUGAAAUUAUGUUAUCCAACUACAUUAUUUUUACUGCGUGGAAAUCACGAAUGCCGACAUCUCACAGAAUAUUUCACAUUCAAACAAGAAUGUCGAAUAAAGUAUUCGGAACGUGUGUACAUCGCGUGUAUGGAAGCAUUCGACUGCUUACCGUUAGCUGCAUUAAUGAAUCAACAAUUUCUAUGUGUACAUGGUGGUUUAUCGCCCGAGAUUCAUGAUUUAGAUGAUAUUAGAAAGCUGGAUAGAUUUAAGGAACCACCAGCCUAUGGUGCAAUGUGUGAUCUAUUGUGGUCAGAUCCAUUAGAAGAUUUUGGCAACGAGAAAAAUUCAGAUUUCUUUUCGCAUAAUUCUGUAAGAGGUUGUUCGUAUUUUUACAGUUAUGCGGCGUGUUGCGAUUUUCUUCAAAACAAUAAUUUACUAUCAAUAAUUAGGGCACAUGAAGCACAAGAUGCCGGAUACCGAAUGUACCGAAAGAGUCAAACAACAGGUUUUCCAUCGUUGAUUACGAUAUUUUCGGCGCCAAACUAUUUGGAUGUUUACAAUAACAAGGCCGCUGUAUUGAAAUAUGAAAACAAUGUAAUGAAUAUUAGACAAUUUAAUUGCUCACCUCACCCGUACUGGCUUCCAAAUUUCAUGGAUGUGUUUACAUGGUCAUUGCCAUUUGUCGGUGAAAAGGUAACCGAAAUGCUGGUCAAUGUGUUGAACAUUUGUUCGGAUGAUGAACUGAUGUCGGAUACUGACGAUGCGCUCGAAGAAGUAAUCCGACAAAAGCUCGUUGUCAGACCGCCGGUUAAGAAGAUGUCCAAUUUGCGCAAGGAAGUUAUUCGAAACAAAAUUCGUGCUAUCGGUAAAAUGGCACGCGUAUUCUCGGUACUCAGAGAGGAAUCCGAAUCGGUUUUACAAUUGAAAGGUCUCACACCAACAGGUGCAUUACCAUUGGGUGCUUUAUCCGGCGGAAAAACUUCACUCAAAAAUGCACUGCAAGGAUUCUCGCCGAAUCAUAAAAUAACCUCAUUUGCUGAAGCAAAGGGCUUGGAUGCGAUCAAUGAACGAAUGCCACCACGAAAAGAUGCGUUUAUGCAUUGUGCGUCACCAAUUGGUGGUCCAACUGGUGGAGGUGGCGGUGGCGGCGGUCCAAUCGGCGGCGGUGCAACCAGUCAAGGUGAAGAUAGCGAUAAAAUUGGCAUCAGUGUAAAAACGGAAUCAUCGUGAAACGAUCAGCCCACGAUUAAUGUUCCACGAUAGUCGUAAUAAGUUUGCUUGAUGAAAGUAUUUCGCCUCGUUUGCGAACAUCCCCCGAUUUAUGAAAACCCUGGUUGGAAAUCAUAUGAGGAAUACAAACAAACUAACUAAUACACAAAAAAAAUCAGUCAUAUAAAAUCUACAAUAAAUGUGUAGAUAAAAAAUUUAUUUCGAAAAAUUGCCAUUUAAAAAAAAUCAAAUUAAUCAAUACACAUAAAAACACACAUCCAAAUGUUUUUUUUUUAACAAGAAAAUGUGAAAGAGUUCGUUAUCGUUGCCAAAUAAUUUUGUCAAGUAGUUUUAUUGCCACUUCUUGGAUCUCUCGGUGUAUGCUCGUAACCGAAUCUGCCAUCAUUUUAUAUGGGCUAAAAAAUCACAAGAACAGCAAAUUUAGUCAUGUAUUGUGGCGAACAGCAACCAUUCAGAUCGCUUCGACGAAAAAGGAAAUUUAGAGAAAAAAAACGUUUUCAUCGUCGCAACAUUAACAAUAUUUUAAACAAAAAAAAACACUUUAAAAAGAAUCUUUAAAUAGCAAAUAUAUUUAAAAACACUCGAAAUGAAAAACCACUUCAACAUCAGAAUAUUGAGAUAUAAGACAAACAACAACAAAUUUAGUGAGAAAUGUUUUUUUUUUUUUUUUUUGAAACAGUU